UUGUGGGAUCUAGGGCGGCGGUUGCUGGCAGUUUGUGAGACAACCAAGUUAAUACAACAGGUGAAAGGAUGGACAUCAACAGCCAGGUAGUGGACAGGUUGCGGACAGUGUUUCGUUCAGGCGUCACAGUACCAGAGCAGUUCCGGCGGACGCAGCUGACCAAUCUCAUGUCCCUGGUCAAAGAGAACGAGGAGCAGAUUAUAAAAGCGCUGCACAAAGACCUCGCCAAGCCAAAGUUUGAGGCCGUCCUGUCCGAAGUUCACAUACUGAUGAAUGAGCUGCACCUUGCCAUCAAUAACCUCAAAAGCUGGAUGCAGCCGGAGUACGUCAGUAAGAACCUGGCUACAAAGCUGGAUGAGUGUUUUAUACGGAGGGAACCAUUAGGAGUAGUUUUAAUCAUCGGGGCGUGGAACUACCCCCUGCAGCUGCUUCUCUUACCCUUGGUUGGAGCCAUUGCUGCAGGAAACUGUGUGAUCCUUAAGCCUUCAGAGAUCAGCGCAGCCACAGACAAUCUGAUGGCAGAGCUCAUCCCCAAAUAUCUGUCUCAGGACUGUUAUGCGGUUGUGAGUGGUGGAGCAGAGGAGACUAAGGCGCUGCUGCAGAAUCGCUUUGACCACAUCUUCUACACAGGUUCUCAGAAUGUGGCACGCAGCAUCCUGCAGGCGGCCUCGGUCCACUUGACCCCAGUGACGUUGGAGCUGGGCGGCAAGUGUCCCUGCUUCAUGGACGAAGGGUUAGACAUGACGACUGCCGCCCGCCGCCUGGCGUGGGCCAAGUUCUUCAACGCCGGGCAGAGCUGCGUGGCUCCGGACUACGUGCUGUGUUCAGAGGCCACCAGGGACGCCCUGCUGCCCGCUCUGCGUCAGAUCCUGGAGGAAUUCUACACCAAGGAGCCUCAGAAGUGUCCCGACGUGUCCCGCAUCGUGUCACAGAGACACUGGACUCGUCUGAUGGAACUGCUCAAGAAGUCCAGCGGGAAGAUCGUUCUGGGAGGAGAGAGCAACGAGGAGGACAAGUACAUAGCUCCCACAGUGUUGGUGGACGUGGCUGAAGACGACGCCCUAAUGAAGGAGGAGAUUUUCGGCCCCAUCCUGCCCAUCAUCACUGUUGAGUCUCUGCAGCAAGGCAUCGACUUCAUGAACCGCCAAGAGAAGCCACUGGCCCUCUAUGUGUUCUCUAACAAUUCCUCUGUGGUGAAAAAAGUGCUGGAAAACACCAGCAGUGGAGGAUUCUGCUCUAAUGAUGGGAUCAUCCACAUGACACUGCCAAGUCUGCCCUUUGGAGGCGUAGGUGCCAGCGGUUGUGGCAGUUAUCACGGUCACUGGAGCUUCGAGGCGUUCAGCCACAGGCGUGCGUGCAUGCUGAGAGGCUGGGCCUUAGAGAGACUGAACGGCCUGCGCUACCCACCAUACAGAGAAGACAAGCUGAGCUGGCUGCGCUGGUCCACCUCACCCAGCAGAUGCUCAAUCAUGUGAAGGCAGGCAGGAAGAGAGAGAGAGAGAGAGACUGUGUGUGUGUGUGUGUGUGUGUGUGUGUGUGUGUAGAUGGAGGUUUUUAUACUUGUGUGAAUGUAGAGUCAGUAGCAUUAAUCACUAUUUCGUUUUAAUGUUUUCAUCUUGCAGUUUGAUCUUCCUCCUGACAUCCCUGUCAGUGUUUCAUCUUAUCAUAGUUUAAAUCUUUGCAUCUACUGUGUGUUUUAGAAGAUGUUCUACUCUAUAUUUUCUCCUAACCGAGGUAAAAUUCCCACUUUUUUUUUCACUGGGUUCUGUGUUGGCACAUUCUUCACUUUCUCAUCUCAUGUUCUCUAGUUUCUCUUCACCUCAACAUUCACCACGUCAGCCUAAACCUUAACAGAGCUGCUUUAUUUUAUUAAUGAAACUUUAUAACUAACUCACUUAAAUAUUGAAAAUCCUAAGAUGCCAAGUACUGCUUAUUUUAAUCUUCUAUGCACUGAAACAGAUGUGUGUUGAGAAUAGUGUUAGUGUUUUUAACAACCUCAUAUGAUCAUUGUGAAUCUUUUUGUUGUCUUGAUCAAAUUAUUUUGUUGUGAUUUUUGACUUUGUUUUUUACUCUUUGUGAAAUACUGUAAAUAAAUGACAAAUAUGA